AUGGGGUCAUCCGGCCUCCCGGCGCUAUUACCGCUACUGUUGGUCCUGGUUGUAUUCCAGUUCACGCAUGGUGCCACGGCUUCAACGCCAAGCGUACCUGUCACCGCCAACUAUGUCGGCGGAGUCACAGGCGUGACGAUUGACGUGUCUCAGCCGUACGAGGGUUGGGGCGGCAAGUCGCUGAUGGAGCUGGAGGCCGCCGCGAAAGCCGCCGCAGAAGCCGCCGCGUCAGCGACGGCCUCAUCCGAGGCCGGCGGGGGCGUGCCAGAGGAAGGAUAUGCCGAGGGCGGGUUGCGCCGGAGCCUUGCUGGCAGCUCCGCGCUAAACCCACUCGCGUCCGCGUGGCACAGUCUCCUGAUCGCGCAGUACAUGAGUCGCACCACGGCGUGCGGCGCAACGCUAACGCGCGCGUGCCGCGCGCUGCAGAUGGCGGACAGCCUCGUCAAGUCGGGCAAGCCGGGGCAAGCCGUCGCGCAGACCAAGCUGGCAAGCUCGCUUGCACGCGCAUGCGAGGGGAGCGUCCCGGCGAACGCAUUGCAGCAAAUACGCCUCGCCCUGCCGCAGAUAGGCCUGGGGCAAAAUGCUCUUUUGGCUGGUGGGUCGAAAUCCGUGCGCCCGUCGAGUACGAGCGGAAAGCAAUCAAGCUCGUCGGGAAAGAGAACGACGUCGACUGGGAGGAAGAAGGGAGGGCACAAGUGGAAGGAUACCCCUGCUACGUCAAACCGCAAAAAGGGCGGCCACAAGUACAAGAAUGCCCCAGCCACGAGUGGCCGCGUAAAAGGGGGGCACAAGUACAAGCGGGGCGCAAGGAGAGGUGGUUCGCGACGUGGGCGAGGCUCGCGAAGCGGUUCGCGAAAGAGCGGGAAGUCCUCGAAGGCGCCUGCGACGAAAUCUGGCGAUAUGGGUUGGUUGGGACACAACGACGUUGCGCAGGGGAUAAUGCAGUGGCUGCCGUAUGGUAACCCGAUCGACGACUGCUGGAUGGGUCCCAACUGGCAAGCCACCCCGACGAAAUUGGCGAGCUGCGUCGAGGGUUACGCGACGGGAACCACUGGCGGCGCGAACGGGCGCAUCUACCACGUGACGUCGAAUCAGGACGAUCGGAUCAGCCCCAAGCCAGGCACACUGCGAUACGGCGCGACCCGGGCCGAGCCGCUGUGGAUUGUGUUCGAUGACGAUUUUGACUUUAGCGGGUUGGAGGCGGAAAUCAUCGUGUAUAACGACAAGACGGUGGACGCGCGUGGGCGAAAGAUCACGAUGGGUAACGGGCCGUGCAUGGCCAUCGAGUUUUCGCACAACGUCAUCGUGCACGGCAUGGCGUUCAAAAACUGCAAGAAUCGUGUCGGUGCGAUCUCGCUGACCACGGGCCCGGACAAUACAGUGGGCGGGCGGAACUACCUUAACGGGUACGGGCUGUACAUCUACGCGUCGCACCACGUGUGGGUGGACCACUGCUCGUUCGACUACGCGGACGACACCCACAUUGAUAUUGUCGCGACCAGCACUGCUGUCACUGUAUCCAACUGCUACUUUACAAAUCAGGAUAAGGUCAUAUUGAUGGGUCAUGACGACACGUACAGUGCUGACCGUGCCAUGCGUGUAACUGUCAUGCUGAACAAGUUCGGCCCUAAGCUGUCGGAACGCUUGCCUCGGGGCAGGUUCGGGCAGUUCCACGUGGUGAACAACUACUACCCGAAUGGAUGGGGCAUCUAUGCCAUUGGUGGCAGUGCUGACCCGACAUUUCUGAGCGAGGGGAACUAUUUCGUGGCGAAUAACGUUCCGUAUCUCAAGGAGGUGACAAAGCACAACAUAGCAGCAGGGCAGACCACGUACAUGAACUGGGACUGGCAGUCAGUGGGUGACCACUUUGAGAAUGGGGCAUUUUUCACCAAGAGUGGGUCGCCGGGCUAUAAACCUUCGUACUCCUACAAAGCACUCAGUGCUCUUGAGGUGUACGACACGGAGAACCUGAACCAGAAGGAGAAGUUCGAGGCGGACUUGAAGAAAGAGAUCAAGAAGCUCCAGCGGUACCGUGACCAGAUCAAGACAUGGAUCCAGUCCAGCGAAAUCAAAGACAAGAAGGCUCUGCUGGAUGCGAGGAAGCUGAUAGAGCGGGAGAUGGAGCGGUUCAAAGUGUGCGAGAAAGAGACCAAAACGAAAGCCUUCAGUAAAGAGGGGCUCGGCCAACAGCCAAAGACGGACCCGAGAGAAAAGGCCAAGUCGGAGUCUCGUGAUUGGUUGAAUCAGAUGGUGAGCGAGCUGGAGUCACAGAUUGACGGGUUUGAGAGCGAGAUGGAGGGGCUGCAGGUCAAGAGGGGCAAGCAGCGCCCGCCACGCCUGAUGCAUCUGGAGGAGUCGAUCACGCGGCACAAGGCGCACAUCACACGCCUGGAGAUGAUUCUGCGGCUGAUGGACAACGAUGAGCUGAGCCCCGAGCAGGUCACGGACGUGAAAGACCUCGUGGAAGAUUAUGUCGAGAGGAACCAGGACGACUUUGAGGAGUUCUGUGAGCCGGACGAUCUGUACGAGUCGCUGCCGCUGGAGAAGAUGGACACACUCGAGUCGCUGGAGUCGGUGCCCAUCGUGCCGCAGGCCAUUGUGGUCAAGGAGAAGGCUGCUGUCGCUGCUGCCUCGGGGCUUGCACUCCCCAAGUCCAUCCUCACCGCCUCCUCCCUGCCGAAAUCGGGACCAUCAGGAACACUCGCGCAUCCCUCACCCCCCUCCGUCUCGUCUGGAGAUCUUGGCUCUUCCAAUGGGACGGCAGGAGCCAUGGCUUCAGGCUCGGCAGGAGGUCCGGCAGCCAGUGCAGCUUCGGCUUCAGCAGCUGCAAAGUCAGGGAAGAAAGGGGCGAGUUUGGCGUCGAUUGUUGGUGGUUCUGGCACUCCCGGCGCUGGUACUGCUGGUGCUGCCGCCUCUGCUGUUGCUGCUGCUGCUGCUGCUGCUGCUGCUGCUGCUGGAGCUGUCAUUGCGGGCCCAGGGCCUAGGUCCAUCAAUUCUCCUCCUCCGCCGUUUGCCGUUUCUGGGGCUGCCGCACCUGCUGCUGCCGGACCUGCAGGUUCGGCCGUGCCUAGCUACUCCCACGCUGCAGCUGGCGGGGUGCAGCAGCAAGCAGGUGAAGCAGCCGCAGCAGGCCUGCUGCCUGGAGUUGGGCUGGCCACUGGUCAGUCUGUCCCUGGGAGCAUCAAUGGAGCUGCUGUGGUUGGUGUUAAUGGCACUAAUGGACUGGCCACAAGACCUCCCUUGCUCUCCAUGGGCUCUUCUCCCGUCCCUCCCUCUACCCUUGCUUCUGGUCCCACACAAUCCAGUGCAGUGAUGUCCACUGGCCUUGCUCCGGGCGGCCUCGUUCGUCCGUUUGCAGCCGCAGCAGGUGGGGCACCAGGUGCCUCGUCAGGUGCUGCUGAUGCCGCCACCGCAGCAACGGCUACACCAGGCUCGUCCAUCCUUUCGUCCGGCCUUCCCGGAGCAGCAGGCUCGGCGGCAGGCCUGGGAGUCGGCUCGGUGGGAGGCUUGGCACCGCCAGGUUCGGCAGGCACAGGAAUGAUGAUGCCAGGCGUAGGCGGCGUGGGAGGGGUGGGGCAGGGAGGGGUGGGAGCAGGGCUGGGAGCAGCAGCAGCGAAUGUGCUGAGUGCUCAGCAGAGGAUGUUCAACGCGGUGGGGGCACAGUGGAGACCAGGGCUGCCAAGCUCAGCUGCUUUCCAGCAGCUGCAGGGAGGCGUGGCUGCUGCUGAUGGCUCUGGCGGGCUGUCUGCUCUUCCUGCUGGGGUCCGCUUCCCUCCCGGGUUUCAACGCACUGAAAUUGCGCCGGACCAGAAGCAGAGGUACAUCACCCGGUUUCAACAGGUGCAGCAGCAGGGGGUCACCGCUGCUGUCAUGGCUGCUGCUGCUGCCGCCGCCGCUGCUGGCGCAGGCUCGGCAGCAGGUUCGGGAGCAUCCCUUGCUGGUUCGACGUCGGCUGGGAACUUGUCGUCUCCGUUGCUGGCCUUGCAGCAACAUCCCGUGCUGUCCCAGUCGCCUCUUCCCCCGCAGCAGCAGCAGCAGCAACAGCAACAACAAAUGCAACAGCAGCAGCAGCAGCAGCAAGUACUGGCAUCUCAAUCAUCAGCAGGAGGAGCUGCAGGGGUGGGGGCAGAAGGACAGGCAAGGCAGGGUGGAGGGCAGGAAAAGACUGCUGCUACAGCCGCCGGGGCAGGUGCUUUUGCUGGUGCAUCGCUCUCAGCACCCGGGGUCAUCGGAAGAAAGCAAGGGGGUGCGGGGAUGGGCGACGCAGGGCCGAUCAGCGACCCCAUGUCUCUAGCCGCUGCUGCUGCUUCUGGCAACGCAACUGGAGCAGGAGGAGCAGCAGCAGGAGCGGGAGCAGUGGGAGCAGUGGGGGCAGUGGGAGCGGGAGGGGUGGGGCAAGGAGGAGGAGGAGGAGCAGCAGCAGCAGGGGCACCGGUGGAUCAUGCACUGAAUCUGGCUCUGCUGGAUUCUUCCUUUGGGAACUUGCCACAGCCCAAGGACUCGGAACGACCCAGGGCCUACAUUCCGCGGAACCCUGCCAUCACGCCUGCCAGCUACCCCCAGGCGCCAGCAGCAGUGUUGGAGCACCCAGGGCUGUGGGAGCGGCUCGACAUGGAUGUUCUCUUCUUCGCCUUCUACCACCAGCAGGGCACAUACCAACAAUACUUAGCCGCUCGUGAGCUAAAGAAGCAGUCGUGGCGGUACCACAAGAAGUACAACACGUGGUUCCAGCGCCACGAGGAGCCCAAGCUCACCACCGAUGACUACGAGCAGGGCACCUACGUUUACUUUGACUUCCACAUCGUGCAUGACGACUACCAGACCGGAUGGUGUCAACGGAUCAAGACGGAGUUCACAUUUGAGUACAGCUACUUGGAGGAUGAGCUGCCUGCUGCUUAA